AGAAGAACACCAGCAGCUAAAUCACAUUUCGCUCUCUGAAACUUAAAGAGCUGUGGCAUCUCCACUCUUCAGCUGUGAUAUCGCAAACCAGAAGCGCGAGAGAUUGCGCGUGCUCGCGAGAAUGGCGAUCACACUCAAUAAUGGAUUCAAGAUGCCAGUGAUUGGUCUAGGGGUGUUUCGCAUGGAGAAGAAGGAGAUAAGGGACCUCAUCGUCAACUCCAUCAAGAUCGGCUACCGCCACUUCGAUUGCGCCGCUGAUUACCAGAAUGAAGCGGAAGUUGGUGAUGCACUUGCUGAAGCGUUGCAGACUGGGCUUGUCAAGAGGGAGGAACUUUUCAUCACCACCAAGCUUUGGAAUUCAGAUCACGGGCAUGUCAUAGAGGCCUGUAAGGACAGUCUGAAGAAGUUACGGCUUGAUUAUUUGGAUCUCUACCUCGUUCACUUCCCAGUAGCAACUAGACACACUGGAGUUGGCUCAACUGCUAGUGCUCUGGACGAUGAGGGGGUGCUGGACAUUGACACGACCAUAACUUUGGAAACAACAUGGCGUGCCAUGGAAGAUCUUGUCUCAGUGGGUUUAGUUCGGAGCAUCGGGAUCAGCAACUACGACAUCUUCCUAACCAGAGAUUGCCUGGCCUACUCCAAAGUGAAGCCUGCUGUUAAUCAGAUUGAAACCCAUCCAUAUUUCCAACGUGAUUCCCUUGUUAAGUUCUGUCAGAAACAUGGUAUCUGUGUGACUGCACACACUCCCCUCGGGGGCUCAGUUGCAAAUACAGAAUGGUUCGGUUCCGAGUCAUGCUUGGAAAAUCCAGUUCUCAAGGGUCUGGCUGAAAAGUACAAGAAGACAGUGGCACAAGUAGUUCUGAGGUGGGGUAUCCAACGCAAUACCGUCGUCAUACCAAAGAGCUCAAGGGUUGAGAGGUUGGAAGAGAACUUUCAGGUCUUUGAUUUCAAGCUGGCGGAGGAGGACAUGGCCCUGAUCAAGAGUAUCGACCGGGCAUAUCGGACGAACCAACCUGCGAAGUUUUGGGGCAUAAACCUUUAUGCUUGAGUAUUAUGCUUGAGUAUGUCCAGAAGCAUGGUCCUAAGCAAUUGCUUCAUAUGGAGAAUAAUAGUGUGGGAGGUGCAAUGCAUACAUGUAGCUUGAUGAAACACUUGUGUGCCGAGUCUCUUGUCGACUCGCAUCUGGCAAUGUUCAAGCAUGUUGUAUCACUUACCUCGACAAAAUGUUUGGAUUCAAUGUUUCGACGGAAAGUAUCGCGACAACUCCUCCAUGAUUAUUUUCGUGAACUUCUCUUGCUACAUUUCUGGGGCAAACGAAGUAAAGGCACUCUGCUUCUGUUUAGCUACAA